CUUUCCUGUUCACCUGAAUAAACUUUCACUUUGUAAAAUGCUCUUACAAUGUGAGAGCUAAGGGGACUUCCGAGGCCCCAUUUCGAUUUUUCAGUCAAUUUUGCCUUCCUUUUUUAAAAUUGAAACCUAGCUCUCAUUCGUCCUCAAAAAUCCCCAAUUUUAUUUCAUGAAUCAAAGUUGAGCCGCCUACAUACUUUCAAAAUAGCGCAAAAUUUUUAUCAACCCAAAACCCAGAAGAAUCCAUCCCUUCUGAACCAUACAAAGUUCGAAACUUUAAGAUUUAGGGUCUUGGGUUUGUUGUACUGGGUUUUGUGGGUUUUGGCAAUUUCCUGCAAAUUUGAUGAGAAAAUGACCGUGUUGCCCAGCCAUGAUUCAAUUCAUAUAAGGGAAGUUUGGAAUGACAACCUUGAGGAUGAGUUUGCACUGAUCAGGGAAAUUGUUGAUGAUUACCCUUAUAUAGCUAUGGAUACUGAGUUUCCGGGCGUUGUUCUUCGUCCUUUAGGGGAUUAUAAGAACUUCACUGAUUUUCAUUUUAAAACCUUGAAGGCUAAUGUGGACCUUCUCAAGUUGAUUCAGUUGGGCCUCACGUUUUCUGAUGAGAAAGGAAAUCUUCCCACCUGUGGAACUGGUAAGUACUGCGUCUGGCAAUUCAAUUUCCGGGAGUUUAAUCCCAAUGAGGAUGUCUAUGCUCAUGACUCCAUCGAGCUUCUGAGGCGAAGUGGAUUUGACUUCAAGAAGAAUGUUGAUAACGGUGUUGAUGCUUAUCGGUUCAGUGAGCUCCUGAUGUCGUCUGGGAUUGUGUUGAAUGAUAGUGUCAGCUGGGUUGCCUUUCACAGUGGAUAUGAUUUUGGGUACUUGCUGAAGAUCCUGACGUGCCAGAACCUGCCUGAAACUCAGGAGGGUUUUUUCAAAUUGAUCAAGAUGUAUUUUCCAACUGUUUAUGAUAUCAAGCAUAUGAUGAGGUUCUGCAAUCACCUCCAUGGUGGAUUAAACAAGCUUGCUGAGCUGUUGGAAGUGGAAAGAGUUGGUAUCUGCCAUCAGGCUGGUUCAGAUAGUUUGCUUACUUGUUGUACAUUUAUGAAGUUGAAAGAGAGUUUCUUUCAUGGGACAACUGAGAAGUAUGCAGGUGUAUUGUAUGGUCUUGGUGUUGACAAUGGACCUAAUAGUACUUGAAAGAAAAGAAUAUCAACUCAUAAAUAACUAAAUAAAAAGCUAUUUUCUCGUGAAUGGAUGCCUA